ACCCAGGCUCCGCGGCUCGCGGCCCGCCCGGGCCUCUGCGGCGGGGGCGCAGGCGGAAGUGUGGGUGCCAGCAGCCGCGGACCUGGUGUUCUAGGAGCUGGGGAUCCAGCAGCAGGAGAAGCCAGGUGGCGACCUGGAAGCCACCCAACUGAGGGAAACGAGAUACAGGCAGAUACGGGGACUGCCAGCCGUUGUGCCUGAGGACCAGCGCGGAGGCCAGUGCGGCUUGGGGAGGAGAGCAAGCUUGUGGCUCCACGUGCUGGUGGGAUCCUGAGCUUGCAGGGCCUUGAAGGCUGCGGUGAAGACUUUGGUUUUGUCUCUGAGCAAAACAGAAGCCUCAGGAGGGCUCCGAACAAGAGGAGCCGGGACAAUGCAGACUCCUCUGACCGUUCCUGUGCUGCGGCUUCCCCGGGGCCCUGAUGGCUUGAGCCGAGGCUUUGCGCCCGAUGGACGCAGGGGCCCCUUGAAGCCUGACAUUUCAGGAACCCAGGAUUGUCCCAUAGCUCAAGAAUCUCCGGAGUCCCAGGAACAGCAGGCCCGAGCCACCCUUCGGGAGCGCUACCUCCGCAGCCUGCUGGCCAUGGUGGGUCGUCAGGUGAGCUUCACACUGCACGAGGGUGUGCACGUGGCUGCCCACUUUGGAGCCACUGACCUGGACGUGGCCAACUUUUACGUGUCACAGCUGCAGACUCCCAUAGGUGUGCAGGCUGAGGCGCUGCUCCGAUGUAGUGACAUCAUUUCAUAUACCUUCAAGCCAUAAAGAUGUUAUUAUGUUCACCUGUCUGCUCGAGGCUUAGCCACUGUAUCCCAGGCCUCCAAAUGUUCCCAAGCCAGGAACUCUGGGCCCCCUAGAGUUCUGAGCUCCCUGGAAUUUUGAGCCAACCUCCAAGCAACUCUGGAUACCUGAGACCGCCAGGAUCUAGUCUGUAAAAGUCUGCAACCCUAGGAAUUCUAGAUCCUGUUGAAAGGAAUGCUCUACCUCACAGAACUCUGAACUCUACAGAAAUAUGGGCCUGACCAUUUCCUGAAGACUGGGGUGUGGGAGAAUAAGGGAAGGCAAAUUGCAGAGAAGUUGUUUAUUGACGAGAUUGCAAAAUUCAACCACCCUGAAGGUACACUCCCCAAUGCUCCCCUCCUGCUAAAGAACCAAUUAUCCCAGGAAAA